AAGAUCGAUGGCUAUAAAAGCAGUAAGAUGAAAGAACCGAUCCACAGUAUAAUCUCGGAGUUAACGAGCACUCCACAAUGGUUAGUGAAACAGCAAGGAGUUUUAGGGCCUUGCUGCUGCUUUUAUUUGUCGGUGCCCUUUCGGCAGCGCCGAUUAUAGAAGAUGCGGAGAACACUACUUUAUCGACGGAACUCAAGCCUCCUCCUUACCCGCAAAAGGAAGACGAGCAUUACUACAUGCUGUUCGUUAUAAAUCUUUUUGGCGUGAAAAAUGUUAGCGGUGAAACGUCCGACGAAAUUUUUGAAAACGAUGUCCUUCAUCAUGUCCCGCAAUUGACGGAUCCGUUGGCGACUCUGCUUCUGGUCAUCGACAUUGACGAGAACGACGAAGAUACGGACAAAGUGGUGGAUCUCGACGAACUUGCGGACGAAUUGGGUAACGAGGAUUUCAACGUGGAGAAGAUCAAUUAUGGAGGUGAAACGAAACUAUUGAGGCUGAAGCUCUCCAAGGAGGAAGGGGAAGGAAUAUUCCCCUCGAAAUCGAAAUUGGAAAAAUUGAAGAAGAUCCGGAACAAGAGAACCCUUUGCGUCAAGUGUGGAGGAUCUGGAGGACUUGGAGGGCAUUCAAGAGUAGAUGCUAUACCAGUCAUUAUUAUACCCGUUGCAGGUGGAUAUCCAUCCGGGGGUGGUGGAUAUCCAUCCGGAGGCGGUGGGUAUCCAUCAGGAGGCGGUGGGUAUCCAUCAGGAGGCGGUGGGUAUCCAUCCGGGAGCGGUGGGUAUCCAUCUGGAGGUGGUGGACAUCCAUCCGGAGGUGGAGGUGGUUGCAGCACAUGCGGCGGAAGUUCGUACGCUUCAGCAUCGGCAAAUGCAAACGCACAAGCAGGAAGUGGAAAAUGGGGAUACAUAUAAAUUUAAUGUAAUAUAAGAACAAGGAAAAUAUUCCACGCUACAUGCUGCCCAAAAUAUUCGAAAAUUCAAAAUCAACGAAAGUGAUAUUAAUUUGUAAAGAAUUUGUAACAUUCGCCAUUUCGAUUUCGACUAACAUGUAUGGAGCAUCGAAUAAACAAGAAAACUAAAUAAACAGGUUUCGUUUUUUAAUAAAA